AUGCCGCCGGAUGAGGAGCGAGCCUUCUUGACGCUGGAGCACCGGUUCGUGCUCCUUGAGCAGAUCCGGGCUAGGCGAAGCCUAAAUCGCCGUGGGGCUACCUCCGGAUGCAGUGGAUCCGGAGGAGGAGGAGGGGAUGUGGGGGACGCCGGCGACGGGGAUCUGCAGGCGGAGCAGCAGGCCAUCCUUGAUUCCCUCCGAUCGGAGUCGGCUGCGGAGGAUGAGGAUGAGCCGGAGCCCUCCUACCCGCCCAUCCAGUUGGCAUCUGGCACCGUCGUCGUGGGCAUCUCCGACGACGAAGAUCUACACAGUGGCGCACUGUGCACCGCCCAUCUCAUCAUAUUCUUCUCACCACCUCCUCCUCUUUCCUCGUCUGCUCCUCAUUCUUUGAUUUGGUCCAAGCCUUGUUCUUGGGAAAGCAGAGGAAAGCAUAGCUUCCUGAAUCCUGAGACCUUCAGCUUCAAGGCCAAAAUGGGUGAGGUUGAGGAUGGGUUCACCACACUGUCUCAGUUGAACUUGUCAUCGGAUUACAGGCGCAGAGUCCGGGUGCGCGUCUCACGGAUGUGGGUGUCCUUCAACCCAAACAAUGGCACCGUGUUCGGCCUUGACAGCCUUCUCAUUGACAGCAAGGGUGGAACUAUGCAAGCCCAUGUAAAACCAAAAGAUAUAAAGCGUUUCGAAGAGAGGCUAGCUGAAGGGAAGGUCUAUGCGCUGUCAAAUUUUGUGGUUUGGCCAAGCGAGGGUAAAUAUAUGACCUGUAGGAACCCCUUCAAGAUGCACAUUGAAGCAGAUACGGUGGUCGACGAGAUCGAUGGAGAUGUCGACGCAAUACCUCUCCACUGCUUUGAUUUUGUUGACUUUGUUGAUGUUCCUUCUAGGGACCGCAAGAUUAGCUUAUUGACAGAUAUUGUUGGCCAAGUAGUCGAUGUUUGGGGCAUAGAAAGGACCCCAAAGAAAUUGCGGAUGAUAGAAUUUUGCAGCUUACGGAUUGAGGAUUUCAGUGGAAAGGAACUGUAUGUCACACUAUAUGGAAAGCUGGGUCAUGAUUUUUAUGCGGAGAUUCGCAAGAAAUGCCGACAAGACCCUGUCGCUGCCGUGUUUGCCGGGAUGCGUGUUUGCCACUACAAGGGUGGCAUCAUCCAAAAAUCCCCAUAGUACACCUCCAGUCUCAGCCAGAAAGCCCUGUUGAUCCAACUCAGGAGUUACAAAGUAGCUGGAGAACAAUCAAACAGCUGCAAAGCCUUGAUCCAUUCAAGUUAUCGGAGAAUAGCCGAUUUUUGUGCAGAGCCAUCCUGAAAGAGAUAGACUGCACCAAAGAUUGGUGUUAUCGUGGAUGCUUUCACUGCAGGAAGACGGUCAGCAGGGACGGAAGUGAAUUCUGGUGCAGCCAAUGCGAUCCGGUUAACAAGAAGCGCAAGAGGCCGGUUUUAUGGUACAAGCUAAAUGCAGUGGUGGAAGAUGACACUGGAACCAUGAACUUGGUGAUCUUUGCCGAGGAGGCGCAGCAACUGAUCGGUGUCACGGCAGAAGAACUUUUCAAAGAGAUCACCGGUGAUGGCGGGUGCACCGUGCCAGCUGCAUUCUCAUAUCUUCGCGGCUCGACCCACACCUUCCAAGUUGCCAUGGACGACUGGAGCUCAAGCUUCGUUGUGAAGUGGAUCCUGAACGACAAUGAGUUGACACUAGUGCAGCACGGUGGGUCAGUUCAGUCGACAGUGUCUAGUUGCAACUCACAACUUAUGGAGGAGAAGAUGUUGAUCCUCAAGCCAGAAACCGAACUGAAGACGGAAGAUGAGGCAGGUGCAGAAUGACUCCUUUCCCUGACUCUCAGGCUCUCGGCAGCAGCUCUUCGUUUCACAAGAAUGGAAUCUGCUACAUUGGCGGUAAUCAUGCCAAGUAUCUGUUCUUUCGCUCUGCCUUAAUUCUAAAACUUUGUAAAAAAUCCCUUAUAAGAAAUCUCAUGUAAAUAUUAUGUGGAAGUCACGUUGUUCAGAUUACUGGGAAUGCUCAUCCUUGGGCCAGCAUAUGUCAAUAUACUGGAGUAGUACAGUAGUGACUCUUGCAGACACCAUGGAUACAUUCUAUUAUUUCAAAAGGUAGGAUGAACUCGUAACCUCUGCAUCGUUGCACAUAGUUAUAUAUUAUUAAUUAUUAAAAACAGUGUUUGUCAAAUAAAUCGGCUCAUGAAAAAAGAAAGAAAAACCAUAUGUGAGUUAAUCAUAAUCCAUCAGUCGAACCUUUUGAAAAUAAUGGAAUGUAUCCAUGGUGUCUGCAGGGUUUUGAUUUUUUUUAAUAUUUCUUUUACGGAAUCUUCAAACUAUAGUCCAGAUUUUAAAUAAUAGAAUGUGAGUUACAACGAACGGAGUACCAACUGCU